GGACUCAGGAAAUAAUUCGGGAGGAGGGAAAUAAGUAAGUGUUACCCAGGCACAUUUCUUGGGACCCCAAGCCUCUCACUUUCCUUCCCGGUAAAAUGGAAGGUGAAUGUGAAGGAAAAAGAUUAGAUGUGGUAACACACACAUGUGUGGUGGCCCCUGGAACGGAAUUACAGCUCACUGAAUGUCUUGAGCUCAGUUUAAAAGGGAGCCAUUAGUGUCACAGCCCAAGUUCAAGAUCCCAUCGCCUUACACUAAAUUAAGGGGCAGUUUUGUGGCACCCUCAUCUUUGGUUAGCCUCACAACUCUGGGUCACUGGGCAGGUUGGACAGUUUUGUAGGAAGCUAAGCUUGGCACUUGGCCUGUGGGAGGUCUGGUAGGUGUGAGCAGCAUUACAGAGGCAAAUGAGAAUUGCUAAGUUCUUGGGACACACAGCCUCAAUAAAAUCUUGCUGCUACUUCAACCUGGCCAAAGGUCACCUGCAUUGACUUGGGAAAAGAAACAAAUACAUUGUUUGUUUGACAUUGACAUAUACCCAGCAUUCAUUCAACAAACGUGUUGUACAUUCUGGUGAGCGAAUAGGAGGUAAACUGCGGAACAGUGGUAUGUCCCACAGAGAAAAAGUUCGGAGGAGAGAGAGGACGUUGGUAAGAUGGUCAGCUUUACAGUAGGAUACUCUGAGAAGGCCUCACUGCGAAGGUGAUAGCUGAGCAGAGCCACGUGGAUAUCCAAAGAGGCUGAACAGCAAUGCUCUGAGACAUUUACAUGGAUCGGUUAAUACUGCCUGGCUCAAGAGACGCUUUCGAUAAAUAAGAGGGCGGUGGUAGAUAAUUCAGAGAACUUGAAGCCCCUGCGGUAGAGCUGCACGUUUCUGUUUCCGGAAGGAAUUGGAAUCCCGCUGCGGUUUAGCCUCAACUCAGGGGCUGCAUUUCUAAGCUCAGUGCCACCUGUGAGAGGUGCUUUUGACAGAACCGCGUCGAACCAUGCUCAGCCGCCCGUCCGCAUCAGCACCGCCACAGAUGCCUGUUUAACAAACGCUAGAAACAGGAAUAGGCAUUUUCUAGCCAAGGCUGCCGCAGCUGCACCACCGGAGCCCUCAGAACAGCGUGAUUCUAACACCCGACCUGUUCCCGCACGUGUUACUCCCUUCCGGUCGGCGCGGCGCCUACACGUCAUCAAGCGGCGCCGGAAGUGCCUUUGCGCUGCCUAGGAGACGGGACGCGGGCCCUCGCCUGACAGGGCCCGGCUGGCCGCGCCCACCCCGGUCGCCAUGGAGCUGCCCCCAGGGCCGCGAGACGAUCCCCGCGCCUGGGAAGAUGACUCGGACCCGGAGUCGGAGCCCGACCCCGACGCGCAGGCCGAGGCUUACGUGGCCCGCGUGCUCAGUCCGCCGAAAGUCGGGGAGGGGCCCCCACGCGCCCCUUUGCUGUCCGCGCCCGUCGCAUUCCCUGGCGCCCUGGAGCCGCGGGCGGCGUCCAAGGGUGCGCCCGUGGGGGUCCCGGGACUGCUGAGCCUUCCUCCGGAGCUGCUGCUCGAGAUCUGCGCCUACCUAGACGCCCGCCUGGUGCUCCACGUCCUGCCACGCGUGUGCCACACGCUGCGCGACCUCGUGCGUGACCGGGUCACCUGGAGACUACGCGCGCAGCGCCGCGUGCGCGCGCCCUACCCAGUGGUAGAAGAGGAGGACUUCGACUGGCCGACAGCCUGCAUCGAGCUGGAGCAGCACCUGUCACGCUGGGCGGAGGAUGGGCGCUGGGCUGAGUACUUCUGUUUGGCUGAUGGGCACUUUGCUUCCAUUGACUCGGUGCUGCUGCUCCAGGGCGGUGCAUUCUGUCUGUCGGGCUCCCGAGAUCGCAAUGUCAAUCUGUGGGACCUGCGGCAGCUGGGGGUGGAACCCAGCCAGGUUCUAGUCAAGGCCUUGGGCACCGAGAAGAACAGCACCCACAAGGGCUGGGUGUGGUCGCUGGCGGCGCUGGACCACCGCGUGUGCUCUGGUUCCUGGGACAGCACGGUGAAACUCUGGGACAUGGCAGCUGAUGGGCAGCAGUUCGGCGAGAUCAAGGCCAAGGCGGCUGUGCUGUGCUUGUCCUACCGGCCUGACAUCCUGGUGACUGGCACCUAUGACAAGAAGGUGACCGUCUACGACCCCAGAGUCGGCCCGACCCUGCUGAAGAGCCGACGGCUGCACUCCAGUGCAGUGCUGGCGCUGCUGGCUGACGACCGGCACAUCAUCUCGGGCAGCGAGGACCACACGCUCGUGGUGUUCGACCGCAGGGCCAACAGCGUCCUGCAGCGGCUGCAGGUGGACCCUCCCCGGGGGACCCGCAGGGACCGGGCAUGGGGUGGUGGCUUGGCCCGGCCUGAGCUGCUCUGUCCCGCAUUCCUCCCGCAGCUGGACUCCUACCUGCUCUGCAUGUCCUACCAGGAGCCCCAGCUCUGGGCUGGUGACAACCAGGGCCUGCUGCACGUCUUCGCCAACCACAACGGCCGCUUCCAGCUCGUCCGGUCUUUUGACGUGGGCCACAGGUCUCAGAUCACAGGGAUCAAACACUCACUGGGGGCCUUGUACACCACAUCCACCGACAAGACCAUCCGGGUGAGCCCCCGAGACAGGCACCUCUCCCUUACCCUGCCCCCACCAGCCAGCAACCCAUGGCCAGACCUUUGCCCACUGCCCCCCGCCCCCCAGGUGCACGUGCCUACGGACCCGCCGAGGACCAUCUGCACCCGAAGCCACAACAACGUGCUGAAUGGGGUAAGGCCCUGCCCCGUGCGCCUUGUCCAGGUGCCCAGAGCGCCCCUGACUCCCUCUGCCCUGCACCCCCAGAUCUGCGCAGAGGGCAACCUGGUGGUCGCUGCCUCUGGAGGCCUGUCACUGGAGGUCUGGAGGCUGCAGGCCUGAACAGGAGGAUGCGGACGUGGAUCUGCCGGCCCACAGGCUGGGCCGUGGCCUCUGUUCUCGGGGGACCAUCCCCCCUGUGCUGGUGCUGCCCCUGCCCUGUCCCGAAGCCCUGAGGUACAAGGAGUCUGGGCCGUGGUGAGCUGUGCCCCACAGGCCAUGGCCCACGCCAGGGAAGGUGAGCCUGGUGUUCAGGCCCACCCAGGGGACUGCACCCCUCCCUGGGGCCCUGUUUUUGUUAGGAUUUGGAUACCUGCUUUCCUUCCAGAGCGAAGGAGAAAUAAACCUGAUGUACUGGUGUCC